AAAAAUAUCGCAUGUAUGUGUCAAAUGACCGAUGUCAACAAAAAGUUCGAAAUUUCGCGUGUUUUUGCACUUGGUGCUGGAUUUUCCGAUAAAAGUUGUUAGAUGAUUUAUAUACCCAUCAGCGACGAUAAUCAUUUGUUAAAACUAGUAAAAAUAAAACCAUAGCACUUGCCCAACUCAAAAUGUCCCGAGUGACCAAAAUCAAGCACGUCCUGAAGGAGCAGGAAGCGGACGAGUUCGACGUGCCAAAGGAUAACCAAAGCGUCGUCCGGAUCGUGGCCAGCCGGGGCAAUAACCUGCACGAGGUGGAAUCGGCGGCGGAAGGCGACGAGGAGCGCUUUCUCGUGUCGAUGCCGGUCAAGUUCCGGAAAAACGUCUGGAUCAAGCGGGGUGACUUUGUGCUGGUGGAACCGAUCGAGGAGGGCAACAAGGUCAAGGCGGAAAUCUGCCGCAUCCUGACGGCCGAGCACAUCAAGCUGUUCGAGAAGGAGGGCGUUUGGCCCAAGCGAUUCACCCGAAAGCGCGAACUCGAGGACGAUCUGGACGCGGACGGGCUGGUGCGCAACACGAACCGGAAGUUUGUCGAGGAGGACGGCGACUCUUCAGAUGACGACGAUGACGACAGCAGUGAGGAGGAGGAUUAAAUCUUCUGUUUCAGCGUCUCUUUUCAGCGGGACCACUUUGGAUGGUUGCUGGCCGUGUUUGUUAGUACGUUUGAGGAUCUUUCGAACUGAAAAUCAAACUGAAUUUUCUAGCUUUGGUUUAAAUAUAAGAAGUAUAUUUUUUUUGCUGGUACACAGAGAUCCGGGAACGAGCGCGCGCGUUCCCGAACCGAGCUCUCGUCGUAUAUUUAUGUACAGACAGUCAUGUGUGUAACAUUUGCGUUUAAGAAUAAAUAGUUUUAAAAAAGAUGCAA